AUGCCUAUCCUUGAAGUAAAUGGUAACAUAAUCUCUCAGAGCACUACGGUUUGUCGCUAUUUGGCUCAUACUAUAGGCAUUGACAGCAAGGACAGCUUUCAGAAAACUCAGAUAGAUAUGAUAGCUGAAACAUGUACCCGCGACAUUGCUGAAAAGUUUUAUAAUUAUCGCUCAUCGAUGAAAGUACCUGACGAACCGGUGAGGCUAAGCUACGUCGAUUUUGCAUACUAUUGUAUGAUGAUCACUAAUGUCAUGCCUGUAAUGAACAAUUUUUCGACAUCAUAUCCUAAAUCAUCUGAUGUAUAUACCCGAAUUGCCAAAGAACCUAAGAUUGAAGAAUGGGAAAGGACUAAACCGGAAAUCAGAAUGUAA